AUGCAUUAUAUGCAAGAUAAUGCUACAGUUAUUGCAGGUGGUCGUGGUAAUCAAGCUUAUAUAUUAGCCGCAGCUCCUAUCUACGAUGAAUGGAUUCGAAAUAAUUAUGAACUUCGAGUUUGGCAAACUUAUCUUCAAAUAGGCAUACAAGGCAGACAUUGGGCAAAAGAAAUUGUUUCCAGUAAAAGAAUAGUGAAGUUGUUUCAAUUAUGGAAAUCAGAGCAGUCAUCCUAUUCCGCAAUGUUGAACAUUUCGGAACCAGUUCCGUCGAUUCCAGAAAUAGGUCAAAUAUAA